UAAAGAGGCAGCCACAUAAUGUGCAAGCAGUCUACCCAGACCUGCAACAUGGUGUCCUGGGUGCUAUGUGCGGGUCUAGUCCUUCUUCACAUCUCCUGCUUAGUGGAAGCCAAACUACACUAUGCGGUCAUCUUCCCCUCCGAGAUUCGCUCCCAGCAUUCUGAAACCAUAUGUAUACAUCUGGAGGGGGCUCAGGGGGAGAGCAGAGUCGAGAUCUCCUUAGAUCUAGAGGGAAACAAUCAAAUCCUUGUAGAGAAGAGCUUCAAGCAGGACUCCAUAUCCACCUGUGUUCCAAUCCAGGUUUCCAGGCCUCAAGAGAAGGAGGUGGUUGGCAAGUUAAGCAUCUCCGUACAAAAUGCAGGGAAUACAAUAGUGAAGAGCACUAACGUUCUGGUGAGGAAGAAGAGAUUCAAUCUGCUGGUUCAAUCAGACAAAGCUGUGUACAAGCCGGGACAAACUGUAAAGUUCAGAAUUUUGUCAAUAAAUGAAGAUCUUCAACCCAGAGACAAAGUGCUUCCAGUCGUAGAACUACAGGAUCCAGGAAAGAACCAGAUUGGUCAGUGGCUGAAUGUGAGCCUCAAUCAGGGAAUGGCUGAGCUUUCCCUUCCUCUCUCCUCUGAGCCUCCACUGGGGGAAUACUCCAUCCGCGUGAAGGACACAGUUCAUACUAUCUCUGUGGAGGAAUAUGUUCUUCCAAAGUUUGAAGUUACCCUUCAGUUCCCCAAGGUUGUGACGUUUAACAGUGAACAGUUUCCACUUCGCGUGUGUGGAAGGUACACUUAUGGGAAGCCAGUUCAAGGAAACUAUACAACUGCUGUGUGCCAAAAGCAUUUGCCAUACUGGAGACGUGUGCAGGACAACAUUGCAGGCAUCUGUGCUAAAUUCAGUGGAAAGCUGGGUAGAUCAGGAUGUGAUACAAUAGCUGUAAAUUCUGGGGUCUUUAAACUGAAAAGCACUACAAUGGAGCGCACACUGAAAGGAGACGCCUCCAUCACUGAGGAUGGGACUGGAAUCGAGUUAUCUACAAGCAGCCAAGCUGAUAUAUCAAACAUAAUCUACAAGGUGUCCUUUGUUGAUGCUGACAGUAACUACAAGUCUGGAAUCCCAUUCAAUGGAGUGGUGAAAGUGGUAGAUGCCAGUGACAACCCUGUACCAGGCAUUAAUGUUUACCUAACAAGCUAUGUCAGUAAAAUCAAUAAAACUUUGAUGACAGAUGACAAUGGACAAGCUUCUUUCACUAUCAAUACAAACGAAUGGAUUGGAAAAGUAUCCCUCUCGGUACUGACAUUUCUAUAUUGA